AUGAGCAUACGGAAAGACUCAGAGACGGAUUCUGAUGCGGUGCCCGUUUCCCUUAGCUCUGCUAUGCAUGUUCCUGGAGAAUCGGCCAUCGAAGAAUGCGUUGACCUACCCAGUAAUGAGCUGCAUGGUGGUAUGCAGGAUUGUCGAAUUCUCAACAAGGAUUCAAAAAGUCUCACUGAAUGGGACUAUCUGGAUCAACUGAUAUUCCAAGAAGCGAAACCUCGUCAGGAACAGAACGAAACCGCACAAGACAAACCGGAUGGGGGGAUAUUCUCCACCCUUGGCUCACGGGAUGCCAACCCAAUUGUCACAGGAACACACGAAAUACCCGAAAAUGUAGGGCUACCGCAUGAAAAAGACACAUCGCAAAGCAAUAGGAUACAGAGUAUGACCGACAACGACCCAUUCCAUCUCAAUGCAAAGAACGAUACUCCUGCUCCAGAUAAACAGACAAACCCCAGGGAGCUUGUAGAACAAGGAAACACGACGCAGGAUAUCGGCAGAAACCAGGGUAAUUCUAUGGGCAACAUAUUCAGUCAGAGAGCAGAUGUUGUUGAAGUGCAGAACAUAUACGCGGUCCCUUGGGGUACAAACCAUGCUAACAUUCCUGCGGGCCUUGCAUCCGAUCAACUUCUUUCGGACACUUUACCGGAGUCAAUACUAGGGGAGUACUUUAAAAUCCUCGCAGAGCAACCUGGGGGAGAGCAGCCUGAUCUAAAUAAGCGCUCGACUGGAGGCGAAGGAAUAGUGGGUAGAGAAUCUGUCUUUAGUAGGCAGGUUGGAGAUAGCGAUAGGUCGACUGAUGAAGAUCUUGCUAUCAAAGCAACAUCCGGGAACAGCAAACCAACAUCACCAGAGAAUGGCAUGUCGGGGCAGCCAAUGAUUGAAAGAGUAGCCCAAAGCCUGACUGGUGGAGACAAUACCUUACCACAUGACCUGGGGCACGACGAAAAUACCCGGUUAUCCUUCCAUAAUGGCAGGUUCUACUACAAGGGGGAUGAUUUCGUCAAAGAUGAUUCUACUGUGUGGGACCAAUUCAGCCACGCUGCGGAGGAUCAUAUCAAUCGCUCCAAAGUCGCCGUGCCCAUUGAGACCGGUCGACGACUUCGUCCAUCCCACGCUACGACCUCGAACGGCUUCUCUCGUCCGGAACAGGAGAUAUCUAGCUACGAAGAGCCCCGGUUGGACAAAAUGGUCCGAGAGUCGAUCCCUACACAGACCUCGGGACGGCGGUACGACUCGGGCUACUCUAGCCCUGGCACCCGUGAGAUACCUGCUAGGGGCGCCUCUCCUAAGGGGGUCGCCCGCUACACGAUUGCACCUGAAUCCGUCAUCAUCGAGCCCUCGAAAACCUCCAAGUCCCGCUCAACUUCCCAAGAAGUGCCUCGUACGCUCCCGCGACGAGCAAGUAGCUUUACUCCCAUCGACUGGAAGAAUCCUAGGAUAGUGGUCCGUUCUGUGCGACCUACACGGGCCUACGAUAAUGUCGAGUACAGGUCUCACCCUAGAGUCCAGACACAGGACAUCGAGUUCACCCGUGAGAUUAGGCCCAGCGACGCCACCGUUUUUGCUAGUAGACCUUGA